AUGACAGAUUUUUCAAAUGUCUUUGCCUAUUAUCAACGUCUCAAAUCUCUGGCAGAUCAACUCAAGAAUGUCAUCUCUCCUGUCAAUAAGAAUCGACUAGUUCUUCAACUGGUCUCUGGCCUUACCGAGCCCUACCAAGGUGUGGCCACUCUUAUUCACCAACGUGACCCUUUGCCACAAUUUUAUCAAGCCCAUUCGAUGCUCACUCUUGAAGAGGCUGACCGUGCUAAGAAAGCGGCCCAAAGCUCCUCUAUUGCCUUCGUUGCUCGCUCGUUCGAGGGUCCUUCUAAUGUUCCUGAUAAUUUCUCUUCCAACCGUAAUACUAAUGGUGGGAAGAGGAACCACAACCGAAGUAAUAAUGACAUAAAGUAUCGCAGGAACAAUAGUGGUCUUGGAGGCGACAAAGGGUCUGCCAGCAGUGGUAGUAAUGCAGGCCAUGGUGGUUAG